AUUUUUGUUAAACGCGCUGCAACAACAUGCGUGGUGUCAUUAUGAUUAUAUUACUCUGGCUCUUGCCAUUGAGCAUGGGUCAAGUGGUGCAGCCCACCUGGUUAAUGCGUCCGGAUCAAUUGCCGAAUGCACAAGCGGCCGAAGUACGUGUUACACCAGAGAAACUAAAACAGGCGGCAGACAUACGCGCCAGCAUACAAAAGGCAGUCAAUGAUGGCACCUAUGUGGUAGCCAGCAGUCCAGAUCAGUUUGUAACAGCUUUGGGUCAACAGCAGCCAGUUGUCAUGGGUUGGCCAGCAAUGUUUAAAUUACCCAACAAUACCAAUUGGCCGCCACCACGUUUCUCCUUUGGCUAAGAGAGAGCGAACGGUACAUAUUGCAACAUAUUCUUCUUGAAGAAAUUUAUAUUUUGAAAUAAAGCUUAUGA